AUGGCUUUAGCUGCCCUCCGCUCGAGUCGCAGUCUUGGGCCUUUGGUCCGCCGUCUGCGACCAGAAAGGCGCUGUAUUGCGACGGCUACAGCAUCGCCAUCAGCGCCCGCCGCCCUCGACCACGAUGGUCCGGCGCUCUCGCUACCGCACCAGAUCGACGUGACCAACAGGCGGCAGGCCAUCAAGCAAGCAAAACCCUUCUCCGACUUCCUGACGGACAAAUACAACCGCCAACAUGACUAUCUGCGCAUCAGUGUCACUGAGCGAUGCAACUUGCGCUGCCUGUACUGCAUGCCCGAAGAGGGCGUGCCGCUCUCGCCAUCGAGCCACCUCCUAACCACGCCCGAGAUUGUCUACCUCUCCGAGCUCUUCGUUUCCCAAGGCGUUACCAAAAUCCGACUCACUGGAGGCGAACCCACUGUGCGUCCCGACAUUCUGCCCUUGAUGCAGCAGAUUGGAAGUCUCAAGUCAAAAGGUCUACGUGAGCUCGCCCUGACCACAAAUGCCAUUUCGCUGCAUCGAAAACUGGACAAAAUGGUCGAAGCUGGUUUGACUGGUGUCAACAUCAGCCUUGACACUCUCGAUCCUUUCCAGUUCCAGAUCUUGACUCGUCGCAAAGGAUACGACGCCGUCAUGAAGAGCAUCGAUCGUGUCCUAGAAAUGAACAAGUUAGGCGCCGGAGUCAAGCUGAAGAUGGGCCGGGAAAAGGACAUUGAAGUACGCUUCAUUGAGUACAUGCCUUUUGGUGGGAACAAGUGGAGCGAGCGGAAGAUGUUGACCUACCAGGAGAUGCUGGACACAAUCCGUGAGAAGUAUCCCGCGCUUCGUAGUGUCAAGGGCCAUCUCAACGAUACGAGUAAGACGUACGAGAUUCCGGGCUUCGUAGGAAAGAUCGGCUUCAUCACUAGCAUGACGCACAACUUCUGCGGUACCUGUAACCGCUUACGCAUCACGAGCGAUGGCAGCCUCAAAGUCUGUCUUCACGGUAACACUGAAGUCUCGCUAAGAGAUCUUCUGCGCAAGGACAAUGACAGCAAUCCAAUGGAUGAGCAAGCGUUCCGCAAACCCUUUGAUAUUGUCGACCUUCGUAGCGCCGUCGUUUGCACGAUCGCCUUCCCGAACUGUCAAAUGGACCCAUUCGAUACCGGAACCAGUACUGAUUUGGUGGUAGCUGAGGGUAGUGGCCUGAGAGGAGGUAUUCAUAACUCCAAACACCGACCUAUGGGCUCUAGCCGCCUGGGACAAGCUGUUCCCUUACACCUCUUACACUCGAGUACACCUAGUUACCACGGAGCUCGCUUAUACUCUUCGUCCACUUCCUCAUCUCUUCCUCCAUCUCCGGAAAAACAGACCGCCGAUGAUCUCCAAAACGAUGUCACCCCGUCGCUCUUAUCGGCACCCACACCAAAUGACGGCCCCGAGUCCGGCUUUGCGAAUGCAAUUGUCGACACGCAGCCUGACAGAUCGAUUCAGGAGACCAACUCUUCCGACAGCCCUUUCGAUGGUGAUCUGUUCUUUUCAAGCGCAGAAGAAGAAGAAGAUGAGAAAGCACACGAAAUGUUGUCCUCGAUCCCCACCAUCAAGGCACAACAACAACCUGAUCCUUCAUCAGCAGAGCAACUCGUGGAUACAAACGAUGCAAAGGUUAUCCGAUUCAAGAAGGCUUCUAAGGAUCCCAAAGCUUCCCGGGCUAUCGCUAGAGAUAUAGAGGCGGCAAAGAUACAGCCUAGUGCUCUGUCCUCAACACCAGUGACUAGCAUAGAUGCCGAGCAGAACGAACCUUCUCUAGCACAGCAUUCCGCCUCCGAGACAGAUUUUCUCGACUCUGUAGUGAGCACGCCGACGACACCCUCGUCAAGCUUGAAGAAAGCAGAUACGCCUAACACCGCAACGGCCACCACACUGACACACCUCACCUCGAGUGGCGAAGCGCACAUGGUUGAUGUCGGUGGCAAGGACUUCACCGAGCGAGUUGCAGUAGCUGUAGGUUUUGUGCACUUCAGCAACAGCGAACCAUACAGACUCAUCACUCAGAACCUCAACAAGAAGGGUGACGUCCUCGGUGUUGCACGCAUCGCAGGCAUCAUGGCAGCCAAAAGAUGCUCGGAUAUCAUUCCCCUCUGCCAUCCCAUCCCCAUCACAAAAAUCACAUUGAACGUUGGAACGCUCUCGCCACAGACCGCCAGGCCUAUGAGGGCGCCGUUCAUGGGAGGCAAUCUCGUUAUUAGACAUGGUGUGGCCGCAGUGGAAGCUCGAGUGCACACUCGUGGUCAGACGGGCGUCGAGAUGGAAGCUCUCACGGCCGUGUCAGGCGCUUGUCUGACCAUCUACGACAUGUGCAAGGCUGUGGACAAGGAUAUGGUCAUCUCUGGUGCCCGUAUCUUGUACAAGGAAGGUGGUCGCUCCGGCACCUAUGUGUAUAAAGGCCUUGAGAAGCAAUCCAUCGGCGACAGAUUCAUCAACAUGGAUCAAGACAUCUUAUCGAAGGAACCCCAAGAUGAACAGUAG